GAGGAAACAAGAUCUUGAGCUGAGCACGAACAUCCCAGCAACUUCAUUGACUUUAAAAGUAUAUUCUGGAGUCUUCUGUGGUUCACUAUUCCAGCUCUACAGAGGUUCCUUAUAUUUCAUGGCAGGAGGAGUGGAUAAACUUAGGAAUAGUGAAGACAACAAGAAAUUAAUCCAGAGCUUUCCUCAUAGCUCAGAACCUGUCCUCAGUAAGAAUGUCGGAUAGGGUUGACUGGUUACAAAGCCAAACUGGAGUUUGCAAAGUUGAUGUCUAUUCCCCCGGAGAUGACCUACCCCAGGACUGGAAAAUGGAAGACUCACAUGAUCCCAUCAGGGUGCUCAGCUGGCUCCGCAGAGACCUGGAGAAAAGCACAGCAGAGUUCCAAGAUGUUAGAUUCAAGCCUGGAGAAGCAUCAUUAGGUGGGGAAAUGGUCCACUCAGGAGACCCACACAAAAGUUUCUGUGUGGACUAUUAUAACACCACCAGCAAGGGCAGUCCAGGGAGAUUGCAUUUUGAGAUGAGUCACAGAGAGAACCCUUGUCAGGGCCCCAGUGCCCACGCUGGUAACAGGAGCUCAGUAGACGAAGUUUCCUUCUACGCCAAUCGCCUCACAAAUCUCGUCAUAGCCAUGGCCCGCAAGGAGAUCAACGAGAGGAUUGACGGCUCUGAGAGCAAAUGCAUCCAUCAGUCAGUGUACGUGGGGGAUAAGCCCGCACCCAAAAAAAGCCUGAGCAAGGUGGCAUCAGAGCUGGUGAACGAGACUGUCUCUGCCUGUUCCAGAAACUCCACCUCGGAUAAGGCUCCUGGCUCCUCUGACAGAGCCUCAGGAACAUCACAGAGCCCCGUGAAUUUAAAAUACAAAAGUGCUUUGAAGAUCAAGGACAGCACCAAGGAAAGCAGGGGUCCAGACGACAAGCCUUCUUCUAAGAAGUCUUUCUUCUAUAAGGAAGUGUUUGAAUCUUGUAACGCAAGUGAUGCCACAGAGGGCAGAAGGUCCUUACCCGCAGAGGGAGAGAUGUUGAGAGAGCAGGAAAAGCCCAAUGACUUCACAGCUUCUGUCAGUCAAGGGAUCAUCACCUAUGCUAACAGUGUGGUGUCUGAUAUGAUGGUCUCCAUCAUGAAGACACUGAAGAUCCAAGUGAAGGACACGACCAUUGCCACCAUCCUGCUAAAGAAGGUCCUGAUCAAGCACGCGGAAGAGGUGGUCUCAGAUCUCAUCGACUCCUUCAUGAAGAACCUCCACGACGUCACAGGGGCCCUCAUGACUGAUACGGACUUUGUCUCGGCCGUGAAAAGAAGUCUCUUCGUUCAUGGAAGCCAGAAGGCCACAGAUAUCAUGGAUGCCAUGCUGAGUAAACUCUACUCAGUGAUAUUUGCCAAGAAACCUCCUGAGACUGUCAGGGAAACCAAGGACAAGUCUGAGAGUUAUUCCCUCAUGUCCGUGAAAGGAACGAGUGACCCUAAAAACCGAAACGUCAGCUUUGCAUCCAUGAAAUCUGAAGGUAAAUUGAGGGAAAAAAUAGGCUCUCCUGCACCCAAACCCGAGAAGGAGAAGACUUGUGUUGAAACUCUGGGGGAGCACAUCAUCCAAGAGGGCCUGUCCCUGUGGCAUAAAAACCAGCAGAAAGAAGGAAAAUCCCCAGACCUCCAGUGUGCACCGCUUGCAGCUUCCAACAAACAGCAUAAACCUGCGCCAGACUCUCCCUCGGGAGUUCCUCUCGAUCCUAGCAACCUCAGUCCCUCUACGCAUCACCCAGAGAAACUGGAGAAUUUUAUGCAUGACUCUGAGUCCUGGGCCAGGGACCUGAUCGUAUCCGCCUUACUUCUGAUUCAGUACCACCUGGCCCAGGGGGGAAGCAUGGAUGCACAGAGUCUCCUUAAAGCUGCUGGUGGCACCAACUUGCAGGCCAACAGCAAGUCCCCUGCAGUUUCUGAUGAGUCCGGCCUUAGGUCUCCUCAUAUGGGGGUUGACCAAGAAGCAGCAGAAAAGAAGGAUCUAAUGAGCGUUUUCUUCAACUUCAUCCGGAACUUACUCGGUGAGACCAUUUUCAAGAGCGACCGUAGCUCUGAACCCAAGCCGACUAAGGAAGAAGACAGUCCCCAGUGUGAAAGACCUGUAAGUCCUUCUCCCAUCAAACUAAAUGAAGGCGAUGAGGCUGGAGGUACUUUUGCUGGGCUGACCAAGAAGGUUGCUAACCAGCUAGAUGACCACAUGAACAAGCAAAUGGUAGAACAUCUGAUGGACUCAGUGAUGAAGUUGUGUCUCAUUAUUGCCAAGUCCUGUGACUCUCCAUUGGCAGAAGUAGAAAGUAAUAAGUCUGGGGACACCAACAGGCCAACUUCAUCCUCCCCAGAUAGUCUACAUGAGUGUUUGCCGACCAAGGGCACAGGGGCAGCAGAGAUCCUCCUGAAGAAUGCUUAUGAAGCUAUCUACAACGAAUUGAGAGGCAUAUCAGCACCGCUCCCCGAAGGGUCUGCAGCACCCAAAGUGAUUGUCAGCAGUCACAACCUAGCCGAUACGGUUCAGAACAAGCAACUCCAAGCCGUUCUUCAAUGGGUGGCCGCCUCUGAGCUCAAUGUCCCCGUGUUGUACUUUGCUGGUUAUGAUGAAGGAAUCCAGGAGAAGCUACUUCAGCUCUCGGCAGCCGCCAUGGAAAAAGGGCGCAGCGUAGGUGAGGUUCUGCAGUCGGUGCUGCGCUAUGAGAAGGAACGACAGCUGCACGAGGCGGCGGGCAACGUCACGCGGCUGCAGCUGCUGGACUGGCUGAUGGUGAACCUGUGAUGGGGCCGCUGCCCUCCCCUCUUCCCGCGCUGGGCCCGGCCCUCGUCCCCUCCCUGCCUUCUCACCUCCGCAGCCCCCGCCUCCGUAUCAUCACAGAGCCCCAGCGUCACCUUCAUACCACUCACAUCCAAGACACGUCAUCUUGUGCUAGUCCCUGGAUUUCGCAUUUUCCUGUCCAUGUGAGCAAGGACAAAAAAAAAAAAAAAAAAAAAAAAAAAAUGGCUUCGGGUAUUUUGUUUCCUUGGCAUCCAAUGGGACGGUAAGGUGAAGCAAUCUCAGCAAGGAAGAAAGAACCCGAUGGCUAAUAGCAGAAGAAAACUACUGCCGGCCUGAGAGACCCCAGCAGACGCCGUUUGGCCUGUUGUCUCUGGAUCCCCCCGUCAGUGCCUUGCGGCUCCCCUGCGUUCAAGUGGUCCCUAAAAAUAAGCCACAAUUCAUCAAGCGUCAUUUCAGCCCUUUAUAACCUUGUAAGUAUUUUUCAGUAUCCAAUCUAAAUCCUCCUAAUUAGGCUACCAGGACUUGGCUCCUUGUCCUGUCUCCGCAGCACAACUGUCCACCUCAGCUCUAUCCGUGGUUGCAGACAGUCGGUGACAAAAAAGGUCCAGAACACCUGAGUUCUGUUGCCAGUUCUGAACCUUUCUGGCUGUAGGACCUGGGACGAGUCACCUCUUCUGACACUGCUCUGACUUAAUGUCCAUGUCACCCCACUUUAGAAGCAUUUUCUGAAGUUUACAUUCUCCAGCUAUUUUUUAUUCUCCAUCCUUCCUUUUAGACACUUCCUCCUCCUCUGGUUUCUAGUUUCCCUAUUUUUCUACGUCUCUCAGGGGCUCUACUCGACUUUGUCAACCGCUUACAUGUUUGUCUUUCCCAGGACUUUCUCGUGACCCUCUGCUACUCUCUACCAUCUUCCCUAGGUGAUCUCAUCCAAACCCAUAGCUUCAAUUACCUGGUGUCUCCCUUCAUGGACAGUUACACACUGAUUAAAAUGAAAACUACGAAGCCAUGUACGAUGUUUAUGAUGUUAUGAUCUUGAGUGCCUUGUACACAGUUAUCUGUACUAUAAUUACAACCAUAUACAGACUGAGUUCGUGUAGGUAAAGACUAGAAGGGCAGGUGGUGGGUGAGUGGAUACAUCCUGUAGUUUGCUCGUCUUCCGUCCUUCGGGAGAGCUGUUGUGUCCUACUCCACGUGGUCCUGGAGAAGCAUCAGUCAUGGCACUGCCACCACACCACACCACACUGUGGGCUUGUGACCCAGGCUGGCCAAUCAGAGGACCCCAAUAUCUCAGACACGGUGAUGAGUUCAAGUCCGACCAAUCACCUCUGAGACUUUCCCACCAGCAGGAAGACUGCAUCUUCUGACUGGCCGAGAGUGGUCACCUUAACUUCUGGGCAGAGCUUGUCUUCAGAGUGAAGUUAACCAUAAAAAGAAGCAAGACUAAUGCGGGAGAGGGAGUCUGAGCUCCAUGAUCUUGUCUGAACUCCUAGAUCUUGCUGUAUCUACACUUAGCCCUCCUGAUU